AUGGUCGCCGCCUCCGGCAUCGCGCCGCCGUGGGCCGCCGCCGCCCUCCCCGCCGCGCGGGCGCGCGCCGCGCACCGCGUCGGCUUCCUCCGAUCCCACUCGCAGCUGGCGGCGGCGGCGGCGGCCGCGAAGCUCCGGUGCUGCGCCUCUGCCACUGACAACGGCGUCGUCGAGACGGCUGCCACCAAGCCCCGCACCCCGAGGGUGGCCGGUAUGGGUUCGAAGCUCGUUGGAUGCGGGUCGGCCGUUCCGUCACUUACCAUCUCAAAUGAUGACCUCUCAAAAGUGGUUGAAACGUCAGAUGAGUGGAUCGCAACGCGCACCGGGAUUCGGAGCAGGCGAGUUCUUUCAGGAGAUGAAACACUGGGAGGGCUUGCAGUUCUGGCAGCACAAAGGGCUCUUGAGAUGGCUCAAGUAAGACCUGAAGAUGUCGACCUUGUUCUGUUCUGCACAUCUACUCCGGAUGAUCUAUUUGGUGCUGCUGGUCAGGUGCUGGCGGAGCUGGGGUGCAGCACAAAGACACUUGGCUUUGAUAUCACCGCUGCCUGUAGUGGAUUCAUUAUUGGUUUGAUUACAGCUACUCAGUUUAUCAAAGGUGGUGGUAAUUAUCAGAAUGUCCUAGUAGUUGGUGCAGAUGCUCUUUCACAAUAUGUGGACUGGACAGACAGAGGUACAUGCAUCCUCUUUGGUGAUGCUGCUGGUGCUGUUUUGGUCCAGGCAUGCAGUCCUGAAGAAGAUGGCUUGCUAGGUUUUUGUGCUCAAAGCGAUGGCAACGGGCAAAAGCACCUGCAUUGCUCAGGCUCGAACGCUGAGUCGAUCUUGUCCAAUACCAAUGGCGUCCCUGGUUUCCCACCAAAGAAGGGGACUUUCUCGUGCAUUGAAAUGAACGGAAAAGAAGUUUUUCGCUUUGCUGUACGUUGCGUGCCACAGUCCAUUGAGAAGGCACUAGAAGAGGCCAGCCUACCUGCCUCCAGUAUUGAUUGGUUGUUGCUUCACCAAGCUAACCAGCGGAUUAUCGAUGCUGCUGCUACUCGGUUGUCAAUCCCAUCAGAAAAGGUUAUUUCUAAUCUUGCUAAUUACGGCAACUCCAGUGCGGCAUCAAUUCCAUUAGCAUUGGAUGAGGCUGUUCGUGGCGGGAAGGUGAAGAAGGGUGAUAUUAUCGCGGCAUCGGGUUUUGGUGCUGGACUUACCUGGGGUUCUGCUAUUGUCAAAUGGGGCUAA